AUGGGCUUGCUUUCGCCCUCAGACAACAAUAAGCCGGCGACGGCAGCAAAUGAUGACAGGGCUCGUACUUCUGGUGUGGAACCGAUAUCGGAAGUGCUUGCUGUGAACUCAGCGACGAACUUAUACCCCAGUGAUGGAGACACGGAUAUGCAGCUGAGCGGGGAGACGCCACCAGAGAGUGCCAUGGGCGAAGAAGAAGACGACGACAUAGGGUCCGUCAAAACCGCAGGUGCAAUUCGAGAGAACACAAAUAUAUGGAAAUCAGCCUUCCACAUCUUCAAGGCCAACGUGGGCACUGGCGUGUUUCUGCUGCCGACCUUCUACAAGGACGCGGGCUACGUGAUGGGUGCUAUUCUCGGUGCAGCCAUUGGCGCCUGUGUCGUGGACGCGUCCCGUCUCUUACUCCACACAAAACUCCGCAUUAAUCGACCUCGCGUCGACACUUACAGCAGGAUAUGUGGAUACGUCUUGGGUCGCCCAAUGCAAUGGGCCUUGUUUCUGGCCCUCAUCCUUACGCAGUUUGGUUUCUGCUUGAUGUAUGUGCAGCUUACUGCCGGGACUAUGAAUGAAAUGGUGAGUUUCACAGGAUCCGAAUUUAUAUGGAUGCUCGCCGUUUUUGUCAUCGUGUAUCCGCUGACAUGCUUUUCUGAUAACUUGUCAUUGCUUGCCCUUGCCUCUAUUCUAGCUGCUGUGGCCGUGACAUUUGCGUUGGUGGCAACCCUUGCACGUUCCGGAGUUGUAAUUCACACAAACCAUGGGAUCAGCCCCUUCACCAAUUUGGUUGGAACGAAUCUUCCCAUUGGCUGGUUUAACAACCUCGCCAACAACAUGAUGGUUCUGGAGGGUAUUGCCAUUGUGCUCCCUGUACACUCUGCUUGUAACCAGAAGCAACACUUCCUGCUUAUGCUCUGCUUGGUACUGGCGAUUGUGGUUGCAUUUUAUCUCCUCUACGGUCUGGUCGGCUACCUGGCCUACGGCAGCACCAUUACCACCUCUCUCGUCAGCAGUAUGCCUGAGGAUACCCUUUCUAUCGUAAUUCGCGUGACCUUCAUUAUCAACCUGGUCUGCACCUACCCCGUACAGUUCCAGUCCGCAAUUCAGCUCAUCGAUCAACUCGCGAGUACACGCUCGCGCUCGUGGAAGGGACUCCUCAUCCGUCUUGUUAUCAACGCGAUCAUCACCGGACUUGCGAUGGGCAUCGGCUCCAGCACAGUGGACAUCGUUGUCAGCUUCAUCGGCGCACUGCCGGCCACCGUGAUGGUGCUCAUCCUUCCCGCGCUGCUCAACCUGCAGCUGGAGUACGCCGUCGAAAACCCCGACGAGGACCGAGGGACGCUCGCGUACUGGAAGAAGAUCUUCACGCAGCGGCCGGUGUGCUCGUGGCUGCGCUUUCGCUGCUACCUGUACAUCGUGUUAGGCGUGCUCAUUAUGGGGAUCGGCACGUAUAGCAUCGCCAUCACGCUGUAA